GCGAGAGGGGGAAAUUUCAAAAUUUCGGGGCAAUUCACUGGCGGCAUGCCACCCGCUCUCUCCUGACGCCGCUGCUAUGAUCUGACCUGACGCUUCCGUUCCCAAAAUUUAUCACAUCCAACACCACAACGGAGGAAUUCCUUCCGGCUUCCGCACCCACCCAAGCCUCUUGAGCUUUCCUCACUUCUCUCUGCCCCUUCUCCCCUUCCUCCAGCCCAUCUCCAUGGGGAAAAAGGGCGCCGGCAUCUCCAUGGCGAACAAGGGAGCCGCCGGUGAGGAGAGCGUGGUCCUGCCGGAGCAGACGCAGGAGAUCAAGGAAGCCGCUCCCAAGAAACGCAACCCGUGCCCCGGAGUCCGUCUGAUCGGCAAACGGAUCUAUGACCCGGAGAACGGCAAGACCUGCCACCAGUGCCGUCAGAAAACAACGGACUUUGCGGUGGCUUGCAAGCAGCCGCGGAAGAAGGGGCUCUGUCCAAUCCACUUCUGCCACAAGUGCCUGCUCAACAGGUAUGGUGAGAACGCUGAGGAGAUGACCAAACAGGAGGCCUGGACCUGCCCCAAAUGCAGGGGCAUCUGCAACUGCAGCUUCUGCAGAAAGAAGAAAGGGGAGACGCCGACAGGAAUACUGGCUCAUGCUGCCAAGGCAUCGGGCCACACCUCUGUCCAUGAUUUGCUAGCCAAAGGCGAAGACAUUGUGGUUGCUGCACAGGCGCUGUCAUCACUCCCUGCCAAGGCCAAGAAGGAACAAAAGGAGGGCAACGCAAAGAGGGCCCUAGCAAAAGACGAUGCAACUGAUGAAUUGUUGGCUGAAGGGGAUGAGAAUAUUGGGACUGAUCUCAAUGCACUUCCAUCUCUUCCUGUCAAGAAGAAACUGAAGAAGAGCAGCUGCAGGGUAAAUAACUUGACUGAUGAUGAGGUCCAUGUUGACAUUAAGGGUGAUCCUCAAAUCCUCAAGGAGAGCACUGAUGUUCUCAAGCCCAAAGUUGAGCUACCCACAGGUACUCCAGUCACUAACAUUCUAGGGACGGACCUGGAGGCCGACGAUGUUGGCGCUGCAAUUCAGUUUCUUGAAUUCUGCCGCACAUUUGGAGAGGUGCUUCAAAUAAGGGAGGGACAACCAGAAAAGGUUCUACAAGUCAUAACUGGAAGAGGUCGUCGUAAUCGAGAGGGUUCCUUGGUUGUUUCUGACUUUCACAUUAGUUUGCUCUCUGUCAUCCAAGAAGACAGAGGAGAGAACCCUUCAGAUUAUUCAAGUGACAGAGAUGCUUGGAUGGAUGAAAUUGGCAAUUAUAUUAGUGAAUCAACACUCAUCUCAAAGGAAUUGCCUCUUGGCUCUUUGGAUCAAGGGGAACUAGAAUACAAGAGUUUGAGCCCUUCUUUAAAGCUGCAUGUAUUAAAUCUGUUGUGUGAUGAGACCCUUUCUACUAGUAAGUUGAGGAACUGGAUCAUCGAACAAAAUGAAAAUGCCACUGAGAGAAAGAUUGCUGCUAAAGAAAAAAUCCGUGCUGCAAAGGAGAAGGAAAAGGAGCUGAAAGAAAAACUAAAGACUGAGAUGGCCAAAUCAAUGUUCUUGAGAAAAGGAGCAGAAAUAAAUAGUCUCAUUGCUCAAAUCAAGGAGUUAAACGAAGACAAAGAGGCAGCAGUAGAUGAGGAGAAGCUGGGAGGUUUAAUCAGGGCGAAGCCUGUCAGGAAAGACAAAGGAGAGGCAUACUGGAAGUUGGAUGGCUAUUAUGAAAAGACAGCAAUUAUGCGCCAAGAGUUUGAUACAACAGCAAGCAAUGACAAGUGGUUCAUGUUCAAUGAAGAGGAAGAAAAAGUAAUUGGAGACCAUCUAGCCCCAAGGUCCCAAUUCCAGUGUAAAAAUCCUACCCAGGUGACAGGUGUAGCGGUCUAGAGACCUCAAACUCCUGGUUCAGCUCGUCGAAGGUGCGUGAGCUGAGACCUGGGAGCGUUGUAGAGGGGAUCAAAGUAGCUGACAAUUUUUGCUGUAGGGAAGGCACCCAGUUGCUGAGCAGCCAACAACUAUCUGAAGAUGAACGCAGUCGCAGCGUUGGAACCUGAAGUUUGUGACACUUUUUGGCCAGACGGAGACUUAAGAUAGUUUUUGCGAAACAUUGCAACUGUUCCCUGCUUGUGCUGCUAGUUUAAGGGAGGUGUAGGAGUGUGCACAGCCUUGUGCGAAACUUGGCGUUGUCGUUUCAACGCUGCCUGGUCCCUUAUCCUGGUGGUAUAAUCAAUCGUUCCGUGGUAUGCAUGUAGCAACAAAUUUGCAGGUUGGGUAUUCGUGGAUUGACUGCAGUCAGGGGCUAUGCCCUUGUAAGCAAGCUGGUAGGACUGUCGCUGGUUCAUAUGCUCGUAGCUAUGCAGUUUCAGAUCCAUCUUUCAA